AUGCUGUUACGACAACGUUCCGUGUCUGCCCUGUCGGGCUCCAAGCUCCAUGGAUUGCCUCUCUCGGUCCCCGCGGCGCAUCCCCACGUUUACUCGUUCUUGAGCCAGUCUGAGCUUGCGGAGCAAGCCGUCUGUCUAGCCAUCAAUCAGGAUGAUCUUGGCUACGAUACACCCCUCCUUGAUGGGCUUGUUCCUGGGCUGCUGCAUGGAAGAUCGCAGGCCUGGGGAAGAACGCCUUUCGAGACGAGAGAUGGGCCAUAG